CCGCCAGUUGCCUAGUGACGAAAAACUAUCGACUGCUUCUGAUUUCCUGCGUUUUCAAAAUCUCAUCGCUGCUACUCAGCUAGCGCCAAGUUUUCUGAACAUUUUUCGUAUGUUUACCUCGUCUUUGCAGCUGAAGUAUGAGACGAAAUAACGCUGUUUAUAUCGCAGGGAGCGUCGUGUAACGUUUCAGCGUUUCAGGUCGCGUUAUGAAGAGUUAUGAGGAGUGAUGAAUAAUUAUAUUUUCAUCAGGGUCGUUGGGAAGGGGAGCUAUGGGGAGGUGAACCUGGUGAAACACAAAUCAGACCGAAAACAGUAUGUUAUAAAGAAGCUGAAUUUAACCACCUCCACUAAGCGAGAGCGACGCGCUGCAGAGCAGGAGGCGCAGCUUCUGUCCCAGCUUCGACACCCUAACAUUGUGACAUACAGGGAAUCUUGGGAAGGAGAUGACCGCCAACUGUACAUUGUGAUGGGUUUCUGUGAAGGUGGUGACCUCUAUCACAGACUUAAACAGCAGAAAGGGGAACUCUUACCCGAGAGGCAGGUGGUGGAGUGGUUUGUCCAGAUAGCCAUGGCACUCCAGUACCUGCAUGAGCGGAACAUUCUUCACAGAGACCUUAAAACACAGAACAUCUUCCUGACAAAAACCAACAUCAUCAAAGUUGGGGACCUGGGCAUUGCACGAGUAUUGGAGAACCAGAAUGAUAUGGCCAGCACCCUCAUAGGAACCCCUUACUACAUGAGUCCUGAGCUCUUCUCCAAUAAACCCUAUAACCACAAGUCAGAUGUAUGGGCCCUGGGUUGCUGUGUGUAUGAAAUGUCCACACUUAAACACGCUUUCAACGCCAAGGAUAUGAAUUCACUGGUGUAUCGUAUAGUAGAAGGAAAGCUGCCACAGAUGCCCAGUAGAUAUGAUCCCCAGCUGGGAGAUUUAAUCAAGAGCAUGCUGUGUAAGAGACCUGAAGACAGGCCUGAUGUCAAAGUUAUCCUCCGGCAGCCCUAUAUCAAAAAACAAAUUGCUAUGUUCCUUGAGGCCACCAAAGAAAAAACUGCCAAGUCAAGAAAGAAAGCUGUGAGUGGCAGUGGUGAUUGUAGGGCCAACAAUGCAUCGUCUGUGGUGUCAUCUCAGCCAAAACCUGAGAAGCUGCCUCCAAGUCCUCAGCCUGAACCUGUUGCCAGGGUGAAACGGAAAGAAGAGAAAUCACAACAACAUAAAGUUUGGAACGGUGCCACCGACUGCACCCCAGUCCAAACACCUCCAUCACCCAAACCCUCUUCACCCGAUGCUCUCAAAGGCAGCCUUUCAUCCCUGGCAACCAUCAGCAACAUCAAUAUUGAUGUCCAAGAGCAGGAGGAUGAGGACGUGUUGAAGAGACAGGUGCACCACCGGGCAGGUAAUGAACAUGUGACUCCCAGUGUGCACAAAGACAGCAAGGGACGAGGGAAACCAGAUCCUUCUCCCCCUCCUUCCCCCGUUAAGCCCCCUCUGAAGUCCAUAUCGGGUACUGGCAGUAGGGGAGGAGACAAGAGAAGGGCACCCAAUGGAUUGUUAGACAUCCAGCCUCAGGCCACGCCAAACCCUGGGGAUACAUUUUUUGUCGCCGGGGGGAAGCAGAUGUCAGAUGUGGAUAAUAAGGAUGAUACCAUGGAAUUACUUCAAGAGGCUGACAUGCAGAACCCAAAGUUAGAAGUGGAGAAAGGAGCAGUUUUUUCUAUUCCUGAGAGGAGAUCUGCACACAAAUCUAAUAUAGAAAAUAUCGGAGCAGUUGCAGAAGAGAAUAUGAACAAUAAAAGUGACACCGUUACCCUUCUAAAGGGAGCUCCAACACAACACCAAUAUACCUCAGACAUCCAAGACAACUUAGAAUCUACUGAAAAACUGUUAGAGCCCCUCCCUCCAACACUGGAGGAAACCCCCUCACCAGCCAGUGAGCCAGGUCAGACCACCCCAUACCAAACUCCCCCACAGUUUUCAUCAGAACCUUCUAUAUCACAGCAGCACAGAGGGAGACACACAAUGUGGACACAUGGGGAUCAGGACAAGUCUAAGGUGGCUGCUCCGAGACCUUUACCUCCACCUCCUGUUGAGAGCAGAGCCAUGGAGGGGAGGAGGAGGAACAGGAGGGGCAUGGAGAGUAAGAAAACUGAUGCAGCUGCAACCACUACAUCAAUUAGUUCCUACAAGGAGGGAUUGUUACCACUGCCACAGGAUCGUCCUCUGUCUGCCAGAGAGAGAAGGAGGCUGAGGCAGUCCCAAGACAGCGCUGGUCAGCCAGGUGUUGAAGCUGCAAGAAGGGCAUCUUAUGAUGUCACUUCCACCAAGACUGAGCUCUACAGCGCCCCAAUUACCAGAUCUGUUUCGGACAUCACUGGGACCAACAUUAAGCAGGAUAAGGUGCUGGAGCAAAGGUCUGAUGACGAAGAAUACAGCUCAUCUACUAGUUCCACAGAGCGUUCAGAGGGAGACUGCAGAGAGAGGAAGACUGAAUCCAGUGACAUGCAGGAUUUGGUCCACAUGAUGACCCAGACUUUGAGAAUGGAUGCUGGAGAAGGUGCGAGCAAGGUGGAUGGAAGCAGAUUCGACUCUACUGCUCUUCCAGAAUUUAAACUGAACAGGAAGUACAGGGACACCCUGGUGAUUCAUGGGAAGGCUCGAGAUGAAGCGGAGAACCUGUCACUUGGUGAAAUACCAAUAGGUUCCACAUCUGGUCCAGCCAAGAUAAGGAGAGCCAUAGAACACCUGAGAACAGAUGUGGUGAAGGGCCUGGGGGUCAAGCUGCUGGACAGAGUGCUGGAAAUCAUGGAGGAGGAGGAUGAAACCAAAAGAGAACUGUGCCUUCGUGACCAGAUGGGGGAUGAGAAGUACCAAGCUUAUGCUGUGAUGGUGAGGCAGCUGAAAUUCUUUGAGGAUAUUGCUUUCAAGGUUUAGAGAGGAACAAUGUGUGGAGGGGAGAGUACACAUUUACAUUGUCAUGACACUACUUGUGAGAACUUGCUCACAAGAUGCAAACAUUUCAACAGUUCUUGCGUAACAUGAUACAUGAGACUGAAGUGAAAAUUGGUCCUGCCAAAAUACCGCCAUGGUUGUGAGGUAUUUUCACCUUACUCUUCCUGCUUGCAUGAAACCUGCAUAUCAUUUGAUUGCAGGUUUUGUCAUAGAAUUGCCACAGUACAGCUGACCCUGUGUAGGCAGUCAUAUGGAAUGACAUCUAGAGGGAUAUGUAAAUAUUGUUCACCUCAUUUUAGCACAAACACAGGAUUUGAAAUUAAUCCUGCCUAUGCAAAGGUUUAAGUCAUGUUAUAGCACUGUCUUUCUAUUUGCUGUAUAAUUCAAGACAAACUCUGAAUAAUUGUUUCAUCU